CAUGGACAGAACGAAAUUCACUGAGAACAUUUUCCAUUAAUUUAACGACAAAUCAGUGGCAACAAAACACUUGUUUACGUAAAUUUGCCUCCCUUAAAGUGAAAUUUCGUGAAAAAUCUACGGCAAAUCCGCAAAUAAAUGUAGAUAAUCUGCCUGCAAAAAGUCAACGCAACACACACAUUCGCUACAAAUCGGGUAAAAAAGACGAGAAAAAAAGAUGGCGUGUUAAUGAAAGAACGGAAAUUUUUGUGUGCGGAAUUUCAAAGUGAAUUUUACCGAAGAAAAAGUCAAAAUUUCCACGGAAAAGCAAUUUGCGUGCAAGCAACGCAGUGCCGCGGUGCAAUUUAUGGUGAAAAAGGAAAAUCCGAUCGUUGAUUUGGCAGUGAAACCAAACGAGAAUCACUCGACGCAAUGAGUCAGUCAAAACACAACAGCAGCGAUUCAGAGCAUGACAAUGAUUCCAGCAGUGAUAGCAAAAGCGACGAGAGUUCAUCGUCGUCGGAAAGCGAAUCGGGAUCCGGCAGUUCAUCGGGAUCCGAAUCCGAUCAUGAUAAAUCUAGUCGCAAGUCGCAUGGAAAUCAUGACGACAGCAAAAGCUCCAAAAGUAGCAAAAGCUCCAAAUCAUCCAAAAGUCACAAUUCCUCGGGCAACAUCGAACAUUCGGAUAGCGGAGAGGAAAAUGGGAACGAAACGCAACCGCAAACCGCAACAAAUGGCGUCGACAUAAAUUCCACGCAAGACACGAGUCACACGACGUACAAAAGCGGCAGUGAAUCCGAUGCGAGCAAAUCGAGUGAUGCAGGGAACAGUGACUCGUCUGAUGACGAGGAAACGAGAAAUCAUGCACAAACGACGGCAACAGAAUUUGAACCUUACAGCGGAGGGAAAAGUAGUCCUGAUGAUGAGGAAGAUCUCGCCGUUCGUCGCCUCAAACGAAAACAAGAACAAAUGGCAGCGCGUAAAAUGCGCGCAGGAACUCUCCGAGCAGCUGCAAAUGCCGCAACUUCCACAAAUUCGGGCAGUUCGACGCCGCGCAACAACGUGCAACAACCCUCGAAGAAGCGAAAACCCAACCGAAGUCGAUGGAAAAGCGAAUCCUCCGACGAAGACGACGACGACGACGAAAGCGACGAAAACUCAAGUGAUAAUUCAUCCGUGAUGAGUAGAAAUAAUCGCAAACGCCCAGCACGCGGUCGCCGAAAAGUCGCGUCAAACACGCAAAACAACAACCGCAAUCGCCAAAAGCAUUAUUCGUCGGAGGAGGAUUCGCGCGCUGUAAAUCGCCGCACGAAAAAUGCCGUUAGUUAUAAGGAAGCGUCGGAAGACGAGCCCACGGAUAGCGAGGAUUUAGUUGAAAUCGAGUACGACGAGGAAACGGUGCAGGAAGACGACAAAUCGGAGACAAUUGAACGCGUUGUGGGCAAGAGAAUCGGGAAAAAGGGCGCGACGGGCAGUUGUACGACAAUGUAUCAAGUAGAUGAGCACGGAGAUCCGAAUGAGGGAUGCGAUGAGCGUGACAAGGAAAAUACGGAAGUUCAGUACCUGAUAAAAUGGAAGGGAUGGAGUCAUAUUCACAACACGUGGGAAACGGAAGAGACGUUAAACGAACAAAAAGUCAAGGGAAUCAAGAAGUUGGAGAAUUAUAUCAAGCGCGAACGGGACAUUGACAUGUGGAAACGAAUUGCAGGUCCCGAAGAUCUCGAUUAUUUCGAAUGUCAGCAGGAAUUGCAGCAAGAAUUACUUAAAAGUUACUACAACGUCGAUCGGAUAAUCGCCCAAACGGUCAAAGAAGACGGCUCGAUAGAUUAUUUUUGUAAAUGGGAGUCGUUGCCGUAUGCAGAAGCGACGUGGGAAGACGCGAAUCUCGUUCUGAAGCACUGGCAAUCGAAAGUUGCCGAAUUUGAAGCACGUGAAAGUUCCACCAAAACUCCUACAAAGGCGAUCGGCAAGUACAGACCAAAGUUUCAAAAGCUCGAGGAGCAGCCAGAUUUCCUCGGAUCCGAUCGCGGAUUAGCGCUGCGUGAUUACCAAAUGGAUGGCUUGAAUUGGCUGAGUCUUUCGUGGAGUCGCGGCAAUUCUGUGAUUCUCGCCGACGAAAUGGGUCUCGGCAAAACCAUCCAAACCAUCAGCUUCCUGUACUAUCUGUACAACGUUCAUUCGUUGCACGGACCCUUUUUGUGCGUCGUUCCGUUGAGUACGAUGACGGCAUGGCAGCGGGAAUUCCAAAUUUGGGCUCCAAAUAUGAAUGUCGUGACAUACCUCGGCGACGUUGGGAGUCGGGAGAUUUUACGACAGCACGAAUGGUGCUUCGACAACACAAAUAGACUGAAAUUCAAUGCGAUUCUGACGACAUACGAGAUUUUGUUGAAAGACAAAACGUUCCUCGGAUGCAUAAGUUGGGCUGUGUUACUCGUCGACGAGGCGCAUCGUCUCAAAAACGACGAUUCUCUUCUGUACAAGGCACUGAAGGAGUUUGAAACGAGUCACAGACUUCUAAUUACGGGAACUCCGUUGCAAAAUUCCCUCAAAGAGCUGUGGGCGUUGCUUCAUUUCAUUAUGCCGCAUAAAUUUGAGUCAUGGGAUGAUUUUGAGCGAUAUUACGGGAGUACGACGGAAAAGGGAUACACGAGACUGCAUAAGGCGUUGGAGCCGUAUAUUCUGAGGAGAGUGAAGAAAGAUGUCGAAAAGAGUUUGCCGGCGAAAGUUGAGCAGAUUUUGCGCGUGGAAAUGACUUCCAUCCAACGACAGUAUUACAAGUGGAUCUUAACGAAAAAUUUCAAUGCCUUACGGAAGGGAGUGAAGGGGUCGGCAAGUACUUUCUUGAAUAUCAUGAUUGAGCUGAAGAAAUGCUGUAAUCAUGCGCAACUCACAAAGCCCAUGGAUGAUGAUCCCGAUCAGAAGCAGGAGGAUGAUCAUCUACAAAGAUUGUUAAAAGGCUCCGGUAAACUUGUGUUACUCGACAAACUGCUGGUCAGACUUCGCGAAACGGGUCAUCGCGUACUCAUCUUCUCCCAAAUGGUCCGCAUGCUCGACAUCCUCUCCGAGUACCUCCAAAAACGCCAUUUUCCCUUCCAACGACUUGACGGCAGCAUCAAAGGCGAAAUCCGCAAACAAGCUUUAGAUCAUUUCAACGCCGAAGGCUCUACCGAUUUUUGCUUUUUGCUUUCAACACGUGCUGGCGGCUUGGGAAUUAAUCUCGCAACAGCAGAUACUGUGAUCAUUUUCGACUCCGAUUGGAAUCCGCAGAACGAUUUGCAGGCGCAGGCAAGAGCGCAUCGUAUCGGACAAAAAAAUCAGGUGAAUAUCUAUCGUUUGGUCACGGCACGAAGCGUCGAAGAAGAAAUUGUCGAACGAGCGAAGAAAAAAAUGGUUUUAGAUCAUUUGGUGAUUCAACGGAUGGAUACGACGGGAAAAACUGUGCUCGACAAGGGGCAUGGGCAGACAAAUACGCAACCCUUUAACAAGGACGAGUUGAGUGCCAUUUUGAAAUUUGGAGCGGAAGAGUUGUUCAAAGACGACGGCGAGGACGGGGAAGGCGACGAACUCGUUUGUGAUAUUGAUGAAAUCUUGCGGAGGGCAGAAACACGCGACGAGGCGCCAGAAAUGCCGGGAGACGAACUUUUAUCGGCUUUUAAAGUUGCCAGCUUCGCAUUUGACGAAGACAAAGACGUGCCAGCGGCGAAAACGGAGCCCGAGGAAAACGACACCAAAGACUGGGAUGACAUUAUCCCCGAAAAUUUCCGAAAAAUUGUCGAAGAAGAGGAACGCAACAAGGAAAUGGGCGAUUUGUAUCUCCCGCCGCGACGUUUGACCUUGAAACAGAUGCAGGAAAAUAAUUUAGACGAAUCCGGCGGAAGUGCGAAGAAAAAGAAGGGAAAACAGCAACAAAUGGAUGACGAGAGUUACGAAGCGACUGACGGCAGUGACGAUGAUCGCCCACGCAAAAGAGGAAGACCCACAAUGAAGGAAAAAAUCCCGAAUUUUACCGACACGGAAAUUCGAAAAUUCAUUCGCGCCUUUAAAAAAUUCCCCGCGCCACUGAAACGUCUCGAACAAAUUGCCUGCGACGCGGAAUUACAAGAAAAAACUUUGGCUGACCUUCGAAAAGUUGGAGAAAUGCUCAUCGCGAGAUGCCAAUCCUUCAUCGAUGAACAGUCAAAGGAGAAUGAAACGCAAAAUGGGCCCGAAGCGAAGAAAAAAGGAGCUCGUGCAGCAUUUUCUGUCAAAUUUGGGGGAGUUUCCUUCAAUGCAAAAACCCUUUUGUCAUGUGUCGAAGAGCUUGAACCCUUGGAUGAAGUAAUGCCAUCGGACAUGAACGAACGCCUUAAAUGGGUUCUCGAGAUAAAAACUCGUCCCGCGAAUUUCGAUGUCGAUUGGGGCGCGGAAGAAGACUCCAAAUUGCUUUGUGGCAUCUACCAACACGGCAUGGGAUCAUGGGAAGCGAUGAAAAUGGACCAAUCGCUUCAUUUAUCGGAUAAAAUUUUGCAUGCGACGGAAAGUAAAAAGCCUCAAGGCAAACAUUUGCAGUCGAGAGCCGAAUAUUUGUUGAAAAUUAUCAAGAAAAAUCUCGAAUUGAAGAAGGGAAAAGCGAAUAAGGCUGGUAAACGUCAGAGAAAAGCGAAAAAAGAGGCAGUUGCCAAGUCAAAAGCGAUCGUAGAAGCAACAGAAGAAGCAGAUUCGAGCGAAGAGACAAAAGCAAAGGGCAAAAAGGAACGCACGAAAUCCGAAAAUCACGAUGCGACGACGCACGAUGAGACGUCAAAUGGUCCCAAGGAUGCCAAAGAACGCAAAAAGAAGGAAAAAACGAAUAAAAAACAGAAUAACAAGAAAAACGUGGGUCCUUUGCAUAUCACGAUGAACAGCGAUCCGACGCCAUUGAACGUUCUCGGCGAUUUGGAUCCGAAAAUCUUCAACGAAUGCAAGGAGAAAAUGCGUCCCGUGAAAAAAGCCUUAAAAGCUUUGGAUAAUCCUGACCACAAGUUGUCUCAAACGGAGCAAGUUCAACAUACGCGACAAUGUCUCUUGAGUAUCGGCAACCAAAUCAACGAUUGUCUCAAAGAAUACAAAAAUCCCGAUCAAAUUAAGGAAUGGCGCAGCAAUUUGUGGUAUUUUGUGUCGAAUUUCACGGAAUUCGAUGCAAAAAAACUCUUCAAACUUUAUAAACACGCCUUGAAAAAGGAAUCGCUGUCGUCGCCAACGGGAACUGGACCAACGACGCCAAAUCACAAAGCUGAAAAUGCGAGUCAGAAGGCGACAAAUGACGUCGGAAAUAAUUCCGUGAAGAAAGAAAAGAAGGAAAAGAAGAAAAAACAUCACAAGGAACGGGAUGAGAGGGAUGCUGAGGGAAAGAAAAAGGGUCGAAGCAUGGAACAUGAUCACGUACUUGGAGGAGAUGAGACGAGAGAAGAUGUUUCGAGGGUGAAGAGGAAACUCGAAGAUGGCGAUUAUGAGCAAGAGUCGAAGGAGCAUAAGAGGUUGCAUGGCGAUAGCAGGAGAGAUCGUGAUAAGGAUGAAAGAAAGAAAUGGGAUGAUUAUCGGGGAUCGUCACGGAGUUCAAGUAGUGCAACAGCUUCUCGCAUUCCUCCGCUUUUUGCUGAUGGGAGAGUUCCUCCGACGGGCAGUUAUGCGGAUGGCGAUCGAUGGAGUUCGCGUGAUAGAUACGACAGCAAACGAGAUCGUUACGACAGUUAUCGCAGUCAUUCCGGAUACCAUCGUGAAAGAGAUCGCGAUCAUCGCGAACGAGAUCGUGACGGUAGAAGAAUUGACAAGAGAAGUCGUUAUGCUCCGCCUCAUCCCCCAAUGUCGGGUUAUCCAGCAUAUCCAAUUGCUCCGGGCUAUUAUCCUCCUCCGGCAGAUUCUUAUGCAAGAGAUUCGAGAUACGCGCCAGCGCCUCCUCCGCCAAGUUCGAGCUUGGAUUGGCGAGAUCGCGAAUACGGAACGGCAGAAUAUUACAUGGAUGAACGCAGCGUAGGCAGUACAGGCAGUAGUCGUGAUAGAAGAGAUUCGUACGGUGAACGAAGACCACCGUCAUCGACAAAUACGUAAAAAAAUAGACAUAAAAAAAAGUUGGAAGAUCGCAUUUCUUAUAAAAACAAUUUUCUUUAUUUUUUCCUGAAUUCCAAAUUUGGCGAAAAAAACUUUUUUUUUACUCAAUUUCUCUUAAAUAAUUUAAUUUAAUUAAUAUUUCAUGAAAAUUUCAACAAAAAAAAUUAGGAAAUUAUAAAUAGGAACAAAAUUUCAAAGACAUCAAUUUGUUUCAAUUUAAAAAAAUUAUUAUUUUUCAUCGAAUACCGAUUGUAAAUAAAUAAGAAUUAAUUUUAAUAAUUUUUUUGUAAAUAUUUGUUAGCAAAAAAAAAUUUCCGAUUAUUUUAAAUCUUUUUUAUUUUUGAAGCGAAUGUAUAAAAAAGUGUAAAUAAAUCAGA